GCGGGGACAGCUCGGCUGCUCUGCGGACGCCGCCACCUCCGCCGCCUCUACACCCUCCCGCGGUGUGCCCAGGCCGCUCCUGGCGGCGACGCUGCCCUGGGUGGACGGCGGGCCCGGGCGGCAGCUGAGCUCCGGGUGCGGCGGCGCCAGCUCUCCGGCCCGCUCGGCGCCGUGACAGGUGCAGGGUCCCCGCCGGAGACCCACCUGCGGCCGCCGUCGCGAUGCCCACGAUGCGGAGGACAGUGUCGGAGAUCCGCUCUCGCGCGGAGGGUUAUGAGAAGACAGAUGAUGUUUCAGAGAAGACCUCGCUGGCCGAUCAGGAGGAAGUUAGAACCAUAUUCAUCAACCAGCCUCAGUUGACAAAGUUCUGCAACAACCAUGUCAGCACUGCAAAAUACAACAUAAUCACGUUCCUGCCAAGAUUCCUCUACUCCCAGUUCAGGAGAGCUGCUAAUUCGUUUUUUCUCUUUAUCGCACUGCUUCAGCAAAUACCCGACGUGUCACCAACAGGUCGCUAUACCACACUGGUUCCUCUCUUAUUUAUUUUAGCUGUGGCAGCUAUCAAAGAGAUCAUAGAAGAUAUUAAACGGCAUAAAGCUGACAAUGCUGUGAACAAGAAAAAGACACAAGUUUUGAGAAAUGGUGCUUGGGAAAUUGUUCACUGGGAAAAGGUAAAUGUUGGAGAUAUAGUUAUAAUAAAAGGCAAAGAGUAUAUACCUGCUGACACUGUACUUCUCUCGUCAAGUGAGCCCCAGGCAAUGUGCUACAUUGAGACAUCCAAUUUAGAUGGUGAAACAAACUUGAAAAUUAGACAAGGCUUACCAGCAACCUCAGAUAUCAAAGACAUUGACAGUUUGAUGAGAAUUUCUGGCAGAAUUGAAUGUGAAAGUCCAAACCGGCAUCUCUAUGAUUUUGUUGGGAAUAUACGGCUUGAUGGACAUGGCACUGUUCCUCUGGGAGCAGACCAGAUUCUUCUUCGAGGUGCUCAGUUAAGAAAUACUCAGUGGGUCCAUGGCAUCGUUGUCUACACGGGGCAUGACACCAAGCUGAUGCAGAAUUCUACAAGUCCACCACUCAAACUCUCCAAUGUGGAACGGAUUACAAAUGUACAAAUUCUGAUUUUAUUCUGUAUCUUAAUUGCCAUGUCUCUCAUCUGCUCUGUGGGUUCAGCCAUUUGGAAUCGAAGGCAUUCAGGAAGAGACUGGUACCUCAAUCUACACUAUGGCGGUGCUAAUAAUUUUGGCCUGAACUUCUUGACUUUCAUUAUCCUUUUCAACAAUCUCAUUCCUAUCAGCUUGUUGGUUACAUUAGAAGUGGUGAAGUUUACCCAGGCAUACUUCAUAAAUUGGGAUCUUGACAUGCACUAUGAACCCACAGACACUGCUGCUAUGGCUCGAACAUCGAAUCUAAAUGAAGAACUUGGCCAGGUUAAAUACAUAUUUUCGGACAAAACUGGUACUCUGACAUGCAAUGUGAUGCAGUUUAAGAAGUGCACCGUAGCAGGAGUUGCCUAUGGCCAUGUCCCUGAACCUGAGGAUUAUGGGUGCUCGCCUGAUGAAUGGCAGAGUUCACAGUUUGGAGAUGAAAAAACAUUUAAUGAUUCAUCAUUGCUGGAAAAUCUCCAAAAUAAUCAUCCAACCGCACCUAUCAUUUGUGAGUUUCUUACAAUGAUGGCGAUCUGCCACACAGCUGUACCAGAGAGGGAAGGUGAGAAGAUCAUCUAUCAAGCUGCGUCUCCAGAUGAGGGAGCCCUGGUCAGAGCGGCCAAGCAGCUGAAUUUUGUUUUCACUGGAAGGACACCUGACUCAGUCAUCAUAGAUUCACUGGGGCAGGAAGAACGAUAUGAAUUGCUCAAUGUCCUGGAGUUCACCAGUGCUAGGAAAAGAAUGUCAGUGAUUGUUCGCACUCCAUCUGGGAAGUUACGGCUUUACUGCAAAGGAGCUGACACAGUCAUUUAUGAACGACUUGCAGAGACUUCAAAGUACAAAGAAAUUACCCUCAAACAUUUAGAGCAGUUUGCUACAGAAGGGCUGAGAACUUUGUGUUUUGCUGUGGCAGAGAUUUCUGAGAGUGACUUCCAGGAGUGGCGUGCUGUUUAUGACCGUGCAUCCACGUCUGUGCAGAACAGGCUGCUCAAGCUGGAGGAGAGCUAUGAGCUCAUCGAAAAGAACCUUCAGCUACUUGGAGCUACAGCCAUUGAGGAUAAAUUACAAGAUCAAGUGCCUGAAACCAUAGAAACACUAAUGAAAGCAGACAUCAAAAUAUGGAUCCUCACAGGGGACAAGCAAGAAACUGCCAUUAACAUUGGACACUCCUGUAAACUUCUAAAGAAGAACAUGGGAAUGAUUGUCAUAAAUGAAGGCUCUCUUGACGGAACAAGGGAAACUCUGAAUCGGCACUGUACCACCCUUGGAGAUGCUCUUCGGAAGGAAAACGAUUUUGCUCUCAUAAUUGACGGGAAGACCCUGAAGUACGCCUUAACCUUUGGCAUCCGGCAGUAUUUCCUGGACUUGGCUUUGUCAUGCAAAGCUGUCAUUUGCUGCAGGGUUUCUCCUCUUCAAAAGUCAGAAGUUGUUGAGAUGGUUAAGAAACAAGUCAAAGUCAUCACACUGGCAAUUGGGGAUGGAGCAAAUGAUGUCAGCAUGAUUCAGACAGCCCAUGUGGGUGUUGGGAUAAGUGGCAAUGAAGGCUUGCAGGCAGCAAAUUCUUCAGACUACUCCAUCGCUCAGUUCAAAUAUUUGAAGAACUUACUGAUGGUCCAUGGUGCCUGGAACUAUAACAGAGUCUCCAAGUGCAUUCUGUACUGCUUCUACAAGAACAUCGUGCUCUAUAUCAUUGAGAUCUGGUUUGCCUUUGUCAAUGGCUUUUCUGGACAGAUCCUCUUUGAAAGAUGGUGUAUAGGGCUUUAUAAUGUGAUGUUUACAGCGAUGCCUCCCUUAACACUUGGAAUAUUUGAAAGAUCGUGCAGAAAGGAGAACAUGUUAAAGUAUCCUGAGUUGUAUAAAACAUCUCAGAACGCUCUGGACUUCAACACCAAGGUUUUCUGGGUUCAUUGUUUGAAUGGCCUCUUCCACUCAGUUAUUCUGUUUUGGUUUCCACUCAAAGCCCUUCAGUAUGGGACGGUAUUUGGAAAUGGGAAAACCUCUGAUUACCUGCUUCUGGGAAACUUUGUUUACACUUUUGUGGUGAUUACUGUGUGUUUGAAAGCUGGCCUAGAGACAUCAUAUUGGACAUGGUUCAGCCACAUCGCCAUCUGGGGCAGCAUCGCACUCUGGGUGGUAUUCUUCGGCCUCUACUCAUCCCUGUGGCCUGCGGUUCCGAUGGCGCCUGAUAUGUCUGGAGAGGCAGCCAUGCUGUUCAGCUCUGGAGUCUUUUGGAUGGGCUUGCUCUCAAUCCCUGUGGCAUCCUUGCUUCUAGAUGUGGUGUGCAAAGUCAUCAAGAGGACCAUGUUUAAAACAUUAGUAGAUGAAGUUCAGGAGCUCGAGGCGAAAUCUCAAGACCCAGGCGCAGUUGUACUUGGAAAAAGCCUCACUGAGAGGGCCCAACUGCUCAAGAACGUCUUUAAGAAGAACCAUGUGAAUCUGUACCGCUCUGAAUCAUUACAACAAAACCUGCUCCAUGGAUAUGCUUUCUCUCAAGAUGAAAAUGGUAUCGUCUCACAGUCUGAAGUGAUUAGAGCUUAUGACACCACAAAACAGAGGCCAGAUGAGUGGUGAUGGGGAGGGCUGAGCAGCAGGCUCUGCUGCAUCUCUUGGGAGAGCUGCCACAAUCUAAGGUCAUCACUGCAAUCUGCUGACCAAUCCCAGUCUGGUUCACAGAGAGGAAAGGUGGAUCUGAGCUCAUCUCACAGAUGGACCUUCGGAUUCAUGUACUUCAUAGACAUAAGCACUGUGCAGCUACUGUCACACCAUCUCUCCAAGAAGUUCUCAAGCACUUGCUAAGGCUUUGUAAACAGAUAUUGAAAAUGACCUUAUAUCUUGUCAGAGUGCUUUCUCAAAAUGAGGACAGUUCAGUGUUCACAAACUGUCACUUGGGGACUGCAACUAACCAUCAGUUCCUUGGCUGGGAUGUAACUGACCAUCAGUUCCUUGGCUUGACCACCAUUUAAAAAGAAAACAAACUUCUAAACUGACCGGUUUUAUGGGAAAGGGAAUCUCAAUAUCCAGACUUAGAUUUCAGGAUAUGCUGAAACAAACCAGCAUUCUUAAGGGACUGACUCACUUUACUGAGCACUUCUAAACAAGGCACUAAUAAGUAUUUGUGUCAAAAUUUGUCUUGCUAAGUGUUUGCCAAAGAAGUUCAGUAAGUGUAUCUCUCAUUCAGUAGUCAUUUGCCCAGAAAUUUGAGAAAGUUCACUUCCAGUACUGCUAUAAGAUCUGCAUGCUUGACUUUUCAAUUGUGAAAGUGACUUGCAAAAAAAAUGAGUAUUUCAAGGCAUUUGCUACUAAAAUCUGUGGUGUCGCACCUUCAGCCUUACAAGUACUUCUCUGUCUCCUUUCUUUGUUCAAGUUAGAGGGAAUGUGUGUCCGUGUGACUAUCGUUAUAGCACUGUUGUUUUUUUUUUUAGAACUGUAUUGUGUCUGUCAUUUUUGAUCAACUUUCAUCCUCUAGAUUUUUUCUGGCUUCUGCUGUAGAGUGAGGAUGUCACUUUGUCUUCAAGUUUUCCCUCUUAAUUAUGCUUACAUAUUUGUGUGCGAUUUCCAAAGCUUCGGCUUCAGUGACUGGGUUAAAGUGUCAGAUAAAUGCAUGGGCUUUUGUAAUGUACAUAGGCUCAGCUUUUGUCAUGUGUUUUGUGUGGUCCUCACUGCCUGUUCCCACUGGAGGGGAUUCUCAUUGGUGUGAUGGUGACUGCCCAUAUGCUUAAGGCUGAAGAUUAUUUCACAGUUCACUCAGCCAACAAUUCCCAAGAUGAGUCGCUUGCUGCUUAUUGGGAUAGAUAAGUAGCACAUUCUCCUUCUUUAAAAAAAAAAAAAAAAAAAAAAAAAAAAAAAAAAAACCUUGUCUUAACCCGAGGUCUGUUAGGUAAUGUUCUCCUUCUGCCUACCUCCACUACAUGAACAAAUGUCCUAUUUGGUUGAGAGGUGUAAAUAUUCAGCUAAGCUAGCAACAGCCCUACUCCCAUCUAUUUUGCUAGAUAAUUUGAUUUGGAGAAGAGCUUAUUUAAGACUUAAAGAUCAUGCACACAUCAGGCAUUGAAGGUUUGUGGGUUUUUAUUUUUAGCAUAGAUCUUUAAGUUGGGUGAAACUUAAGAGCUGAUUACUGCUUGAGGGAAUUUUCUGAAAUGUGAAUACUACAUUUUUUCAAUGUUCGGUGUGUGAUGUUGGUUCUCUAGGAAGACGGUCCCUGCUUAUAGGCACUUUGUAGUGCUCCCAUUCUUUAGGGGUGUUUUGAUGGUCAGUGCUAUAGCAUCUGAUGAUUCUUUUCCAGAGAAUAUUUGUA